AUGGUCCACCUUUGGGACGAUCCGCUAACCCUGGAAUGCAAGUUGGCCGCGCAGGAGUGGCUGCAGUCAUCGGAUCUUUUGAUUCGGGACUUUGGGGCAAGGCUUUUGUGCCUCUUAAGAUCUCGCCCGGUGCCACUUGGUGAGAUCUUGCCGAAGAACAAUACUUAUGUCCCUCCACAAGGUCUUCUCCCGGAGGAAUUCAAGCACUAUCCUUGGGGUCCAGGCGUUCUUCGGGGCAAGUUCGAGCACAAAAACUCGCACGAAGGCCGCGCCCACCCAGAUACUGAUGUGAAAUCGCUGCCGCUGCGGGAGUUUUACGCCCUGGAGGAUACGGAGCAUGUGGGACUACGCCUGGGGAUGUUUUGGGCAUCACCACAUUUUCGUUACCUGCCACACAUGUGUGAGUCCCUGGACCUCCACUAUGGGAUUCGUGGCCAAGGGGCAUAUUUCACCUGCAAGAAGCCUGCGGAAAUGGAGGUGAUGCACUUGCACCCUGGGCAGGUCUACGUCCAUCAUCCCAACGAUGUCUACGGUUUCGAAUGUAGUGGGGAGCCACUGCUCAGCUUAUGGGCGGAGCGAGUCGCAGACAUCCAGCACGUGCCGCGCAUGAUUUCGGAGAUUCAAGACGUGCACGCCGAUGUAGUGACCCGUGCGUUGACACGGGCAGCACAUCAGUGGCUACAAGCGGACGACUUGGUGGUGCAACAGUUUGGGAUGAAGCUAAAGCUCUUUGUCCAGCCUCGGGAUCCGGCACUGCGACAAGUGCCCUCGGCUGCCCCUCCCGAAGGGAUGGUCUCAGCUGAUUUUCGCGGAUGCCCCUGGUAUCCCAGCUUGGCCUAUACAAACUGCAUGGACCCUAAGCUGAAGCCUUUGAGAGACUGCCUGCUCUAUGAGGAGGGCGACACCAUGUUCGGGUUGUUCUAUGCACCCGCUGGCACCUACUAUCCCGCACAUCGCCAUGAACCCUGGGAGAUUUAUCACAUCUUAGAAGGUGAGGGGCACUUCUUCCUGGGAGACGAUGGUGGGGAACCUGCCCCACCGUUGCCUGGUGAGCUUGAUCCCAAGCCGUUAUCUGUGCUGUCCUGCCGUCCUGGCUCCUACUGGCUACAUAAACCAUACCAAUCCCACGGCAUGCAGAUCUCUGAACGGCCAGUUCUGAUCCUUUGGGGUUGGAUUGGCGAUCUUUCCGGGGACUACGACCUCAGGUACUUGAAGAAAGACAUUUUCCGAUGUUGUCAGAUUCAUAGGUCCAAGAUUUGA